AUGCUUCCAACAAAAGUAAUCUGCCUAGUUUGCCUAGGUGGCGCCUGGAGCAUUCCGGUCCGUGACGAAAAUGCUCUUGAAUCUAUUGCCGAUUUUAAAGACUUAUCGUUCGUCGAGAGUUUGUUGGACUUUGCGAGCAGCUCAUACAAAUGGGACACCGCCGAGAAUACCAACCAUGAGUUGGAAAGCAUUGAAGAUGACGAGCCAGAAGGCGGUUCUAGUGAUGAAGCGGAGAUGUCUGAAGCACCGACAGUACCUGAGAUCUCCAUCGGUGACACUGAAUCUGCAAACGCAGACACAGAGUACCACGAAGAGGACUCUCCAGAACCAGAAACUUCUGAGGUCAGUGAGGAGCAAGAUCACGAUAUUGGCAGCCUCAACAAUACAGUUCACGGCACAGACUUCCGAGUUGAGACUGGUCUCUUUUUCGAUGUGAACAAGGGCGGCGACGAGAGCUGCGACGAGUACUCUGAGUCGGACGACGACUGUGACGAUGACGAGAGAGGGCUUCUCAAGAAGAUUCUAUUCUUCUUGCCUGCCAGCGUCCAAUCAGGGGCAAACACCACGAAGCCUGCUAACUUCAUUGUACCUAGUGCAAACGAGCCGCUCAAUGCCACCGUCUCGACUAGUCACAAUGCCACCAAUAACGAGACCUCUUUUACGUCCACACGCUCUGCAAGACCGAACCUCGACGAUAUCUAUCGCAUGAUGGAUUCCCUGGCUCCAAGCCUCUCUAUCAACUGGCUCGCGGUUCUUCUAUACUUAAUUUGA